AUGACUGCAUUCUGGUUGAUCUCGCCUGCAAUGUGUAUCGUCAUUCGAUUUUACCUAAAACGGGAAAACAAACGCCGAGAGAAGCUCCUCGCCGAAACCGAUACGAAUUCUGACCAAGACGGAGUAAUCCAUUUUGGCGGCCAGCUUGUUCACAUUGGUGAUCGUGACUAUGAUAAGACCGAUCGGGAAAACCUGAAAUUUCUGUAUCCUCUGUAA